AUGUGUCUAAACAAUUAUUUACAAAAAGCUAUUGGUCUUGAUUUUAAUUCAUUUAUUCCACAAGCUGAUAUAACAUCACAAGUACAUUUUAUUAGUAAUAUUCAAGCAGAUUCUGAACCAAGUUUAGCUGGCCUUAAAAAUGGAGAUCGUAUAUUACAAAUAAAUGGAAUUAAUGUUACUAGUCUUGAACAUGAAGACGUACGAAAAUUAAUGCAAUCAAAGACUCUAAUUGUUUUAACAGUAGCUAAUGAUCCAAAAUAUUUAGUAUUGCUUGAAGAACUAAUUCAUGAUAUCGAAGAAAAACAACCAGAACUUCCAAUAACAUCAGGUGAUGAUGUUGAUUCCGAUCCUAAUCAACGUCGUAUAUCUCGAUUUGAGUUAAAAAGACAACCAUCAUUUGAACCUAUGACAUCAUCAACAUCAACAGCAAGUAAACCAACCAAAUCAUCUCGUUAUGAAAUAUUUAAUUUAACUCAACCUGAUGAAUUAAGUACUGAAGAACCAUUAAAAGCUAAAAUAUGUCAUUUACGUAAAAGUAAACAAUAUGAUGGUUAUGAAUUAGUAUUAAAAUUUCAACAACAUCUUCAUAUCGAGCUAAUCUACGUGAAAAUGAUGUUAUUUUUUAUGAUACGUGCAGCAACAUUAGCAUCAAAUCAAGUUGAUUUGACUGUUAUAUCCAAAUUAGAUAUUCCAGAAUAUAAAACAUUACAAGAAAAAGGUUUAAUUGAUUGUUCAAUUAUGGGAUUGGAAAGAUAA